GAGACUAGAGGGAAGAAGGCAGAUUUGGGAGAAACAAGACACAGGAGAAAUAGACUGUAUUGAUAGACAGACUGAGACUGGGGGCAGAGAGAUGUCAGGGGGCUGCCUGUGAUCUGCAUUUAUUCCACCCAUCAGCCUGGGGGGCUCAGCCCUGUUUGUUUUACAUGCCCCCCACGUUCAGUGCUCCUGGAAUCUGGCCACUGGGGCAGGCACUGAGCAUACACAAUGGGGCACCUUGUCCUCUGCUUGCUGGAGCCUAGGGGGGCCGGGCUGGGGGCUUGUCAUGUUUCCACUGUGAAUAGCAAGGGCAUCGUCCCUGCAGCUCUGCAAUAACACUCAGCCUCACUACCACCACCAGGACCCCCGGCUGCAUUGCGUUUGGGGGGGCCUCUGCAAAUCAUGGGAUACGCGGACCCCACUUCCAGCAGAGAUCUGCUGGGCAACAGAACUUUAUUCUUCAUUUUCAUAUGCGCCUUUGCCCUGGUGACCUUGCUGCAACAGAUCCUGUAUGGCAGAAACUACAUAAAGAGAGGGCUGCAGUUUAGCUGGCAGACUGGAGAGGAAUUGGGAAAUUGGAGCGGGAUCUUUAAUUUCACGGAUGACGGAGCAGUGAAGACGGGCAGUCACGCAGGCGGCAGGUAUUUUGAAUUUUAUGAAGGUCCCUUGGAUUUCAAUUCCACAAAAUGUUUGGAGUUGAGACAAGAUAUCAUAGAUGUGAAAGUUCUCUCUAUGGUAAAAGAAUCGGAACUGUUUGAUAGAUGGAAAAGUCUUCAAAUCUGCAAAUGGGAACUAAACACAACAGAAGCAAAUUCUUUCAAGUCUACUCUGUCAAGGUGUUGUAAUGCCCCAUCCUUUCUUUUCACCACCCAGAAGAACACCCCACUUGGAACUAAACUCAGAUAUGAAGUUGACACUAGUGGGAUAUUCCAGAUCAAUUUAGAAGUAUUCAAAAUAUUUCCCAAGGAUAUGCCUUAUUACCGUUCCCAGUUUAAAAAAUGUGCUGUGAUUGGAAAUGGUGGAAUCUUAAAGAAUAGCAAGUGUGGAAAAGAAAUUGAUAAUGCAGAUUUUGUCUUUAGAUGUAACCUGCCUCCAAUAUCUGAAAAAUAUGUAGAUGAUGUUGGGAAAAAGACAGACGUGGUGACAAUCAACCCAAGUAUUAUAACAGAUAGGUUUAAUAAACUAGAAAAAUGGAGAAGACCUUUCUACGAAGUAUUGCAAGGGUACGAAAAUGCGUCACUGCUCCUGCCUGCUUUUUACAACACCAGAAACACCGAUGUGUCGAUCCGGGUAAAGUAUGUCCUGGAUGACUUCGAGUCACAGCAAGCAGUGUAUUAUUUUCAUCCAGUGUAUCUCAUAAAUGUCUCUCGCUUCUGGCUCACCCAAGGCGUUCGUGCAAAACGCGUCAGUAGCGGUCUAAUUCUGGUGACUGCUGCCCUGGAACUGUGUGAAGAGGUGCAUCUCUACGGUUUUUGGGGUUUCCCAAUGAAUCCCUCAGGGACUUUUAUUACUCAUCACUAUUAUGACAAUGUCAAACCUCGCCCCGGCUUCCAUGCAAUGCCUUCAGAGAUUUUUAACUUCAUCCAUAUGCACAGUAAAGGCAUCCUCCGAGUGCACACAGGCUCUUGCAGCUGAGAAGGUGUUUUCUUGCACAGUAGAUGCUUGUGUAUCCACCAGACGGAGAUUAUGCAAUAAUGCUCUGAUGCAGACUAUUUUUGACAAGGCCUCCAUGUUCGGCUGGUGUAUCCCAGCAUCAUUUAAAAUGACUUUGUAGGUGUAGAGGAAUUUAAAAAGCCAACUGAAAACAAAUGGUCAUCAGCACUGGUUUAACAGCUACAAGCAAAUAAAGUGCACAAAAUGAAAUCUAUGGCACACGCUGUAAUUAUCGGCAUCUAACAUUUAACACUUUGGGUGUGGUAGAGGAGAACAGAUUGUUCUCUCUUCUGUCACCCAAAUUGUUAUGGCUUAUAAGCAAUUCAGACGAGGUAAGAACAAACUUUGCUGAUGAUUUGAUUUUCAAAUUCACCAUUGUGCUUUUUUUUUUUACUGAUUAUCACAUGCAAUGCUUUUUAACCCCUUUCAAUACCUGGUAAUAAAGGGGACGCAAAGCGGUGUUCUUUUUGCAGUGGUCUCGAAGCCAUGAGAAAAAGGGUUAAAGUUUUUCUCUCUGCAGGGGCAAGCUUAUAUGGGAUAGUUAGUGGCUGGUUAAAUAGCAGCCUGGUUACUGUAUAGUCGGUCAAGUAUGUGCCGUGUUAUUUCAUUGUAUUAAUGCUCCCUUCAUUUUACCUCUGUACCACUUACCUCAAAGGCUUCAGCCACCUUGUGGCAGCCAUUUUGGUAAUGCAAAGUCACGGCGGGAAAGUAGAAAUAGAGCUCCUACAGGAUACAUGCUUCUGCAGUUUGUGUGUGACUUUAAAAGUUGCUUUGUGGCAGCAACUAGUGUGUACAUUUAGCCUGUGUCAUCAGAGUGAAUACUUAGUUUACAUUCCAUACUUAUCUCUGUAUGUUGCCUACAUUGUACUCCUAUGUCUUCUGGAAGAAACACUGGAUAAAAGUGGGUCAGGGAAAUGCAUUAGUGUAACUCAUUCAUUUUUAACUUUUCUUUUGACUGACACCCACGUGGUAUUCAUGUCACUACCUUGGUGACCUUAAAUGAUGAUGUAAUAUGUACUGUUCUUAAUUAUGUAAUGCGCCUUCAUUAGACGCUUCCCAGUGUCAAAAGUGUCGACAGUCCUGCUGCACCAUUGCAUUUUUUACUGACUGCUUUCCACCUGCGCACUUAUUACUGGCUGUUCAUAUCAUUUGCGCACUUAUUACUGAGUGCGCAAUCUGAAAGCACACUUAUAUUUUUUAAAUAUUGUGUAUUCCAGCUGAACAUUUAUUGCAGUUAAAUAAGACAAAACCUUUGCAUUCAUUAUAGGCUGUGCAUUACAUCCCUACAUUCAUUGCUGGCUGUGCAUUACAUCUCUACAUUCAUUAUAGUCUGUGCAUUACACCUGUUUAUUUAUUGCUGGCUGUGCAUUACACCUCUACUUUCUUUGCUGGCUGUGCAUUACACCUGUACAUUCAUUGCUGGCUGUGCAUUAGACCUGUUCAUUUAUUGCUGGCUGUACAUUACACCUCUACAUUCAUAGCUGGCUGUACAUUACUCCUGUUCAUUUAUUGCUGGCUGUGAAUUACACCUGUACAUUUAUUGCUGGCUGUGAAUUACACCUGUACAUUCAUUGCUGGCUGUGAAUUACACCUAUACAUUCAUUAUAGGCCAUACAUCACACCUGUACAUUCAUUAUAAGCUGUACAUUACACCUGUACAUUCAUUGCUGGCUGUAUAUUACAACUGUACAUUCAUUGCUGGCUGUGAAUCACACCUUUACAUUCAUUAUAGGCCAUACAUUACACCUGUACAUUCAUUGCUGGCUGUAUAUUACACCUGUAAAUUCAUUGCUAGCUGUGAAUUACACCUGUACAUUCAUUUCUGGCUGUAUAUUACACUUGUACAUUCAUAGAUGGCUGUGAAUUACACCUGUACAUUCAUUGCUGGCUGUAUAUUACACCUGUACAUUCAUUGCUAGCUGUGAAUUACACCUGUACAUUCAUUGCUGGCUGUAUAUUACACCUGUACAUUCAUUGCUGGCUGUGGAUUACACCUAUACAUUAAUUAUAGGCCGUACACCACACCUGUACAUUCAUUAUAAGCUGUACAUUACACCUGUACAUUCAUUGCUGGCUGUAUAUUACACCUGUACAUUCAUUGCUAGCUGUGAAUUACACCCGUACAUUCAUUUCUGGCUGUAUAUUACACUUGUACAUUCAUAGAUGGCUGUGAAUUACACCUGUACAUUCAUUGCUGGCUGUAUAUUACACCUGUACAUUCAUUGCUGGCUGUGGAUUACACCUAUACAUUAAUUAUAGGCCAUACCACACCUGUACAUUCAUUAUAAGCUGUAUAUUACACCUGUACAUUCAUUGCUGGCUGUAUAUUACACCUGUACAUUCAUUGCUGGCUGUGAAUCACACCUUUACAUUCAUUAUAGGCCAUACAUCACACCUGUACAUUCAUUAUAAGCUGUACAUUACACCUGUACAUUCAUGGCUGGCUGUAUAUUACAACUGUACAUUCAUUGCUGGCUGUGAAUCACACCUUUACAUUCAUUAUAGGCCAUACAUCACACCUGUACAUUCAUUAUAAGCUG